AUGGCUACCAACAUCACCUGGCACCCUUCGCUCUCCCGCCGCGAGCGCAAUGAGCUCCGCAAGCAGCGCGGCCUAACCAUCUGGCUGACUGGCCUGUCCGCCUCAGGCAAGUCCACCGUCGCCACCGCCCUCGAGCAGCACCUCCUCCACCUCGGCCUGGCCGCCUACCGCCUGGACGGCGACAACGUCCGCUUCGGCCUGAACAAGGACCUGGGUUUCUCCGAGAAGGACCGCAACGAGAACAUCCGCCGCAUCUCAGAGGUCGCCAAACUCUUCGCCGACUCCGCCACCAUCGCCAUCACCUCCUUCAUCUCCCCCUACCGCGCGGACCGCGACCUUGCCCGCGAGCUGCACAGCCAGACAGCCCAGGGCGACGAGCCCAUCCCCUUCAUCGAGGUCUUCGUCGACGUGCCCCUCGAGGUCGCCGAGCAGCGCGACCCCAAGGGCCUGUACAAGAAGGCCCGCGCCGGCGAGAUCAAGGAGUUCACGGGGAUCUCCGCCCCCUACGAGGAGCCCGCCGCCGCCGAGAUCACCAUCAAGACCCACGAGAACACCGUCGAGGAGUGCGUUGCUCAGAUCGUCCAGUGGCUGUCUGAGAAGGGCUACGUCAAAACAGCAUAG